AUGCGCUGUGGCCACGUACAGUCGAUGGUUCAAAACCGUGCUCGUGUCGGCCAAGCCCUUCAUCCCUUCGGAGUCGAUAAAAAGACCGUGGAGGUAUUAGAUAUCCAGCGGACCACUGCAAAAAUUGAAACUUCCCAGAAAAAUAAAGAUGUUGGAAAAAGCCCUGGUUGCACCAGUGACUACUACGAUACAACUUGUUACGCAAUAGAACACGAGCAAUUCCGUCGUUGUUCAAAAUUCGCAGUGUAA